AGCGGAAACACAACAAACAUGGCGGCAGCGGCGGCGGCGACGACGGUGACGAAGACAUCGACGGCAGCGGAGGUGGAGGUGGCAGCGGCGACAGAGACGACGACGGUGUUUGUUCGGGGCGGUUGUCAAGAGACCUCUGUAGGACUUUUCAAUUUUAGUUGAAAGUCUCUCAAUGGCCUUUUGGAGUCAAUUAAUGUAUUUCCAGAGAGGAUUUCAAUUACUCUACAUUUCAUCAAUGUUGGAGUGGAAAGAAAAAAGUGGAAUUGAUUUGGGUUGAAAAGGUAUAAGAAAUCAUAAACUCAGAAGGUGAAUAUGGGUGAAAAGAAACCAGAGCCUCUGGACUUUGUGAAAGAUUUUCAGGAAUAUCUCACUCAACAGACCCACCACGUGAAUAUGAUCUCUGGAUCAGUUAGUGGAGACAAAGAAGCAGAGGCUCUUCAGGGAGCUGGGACAGAUGGUGAUCAAAAUGGACUUGAUCAUCCAUCUGUUGAAGUUUCCUUGGAUGAAAACUCAGGAAUGCUGGUGGAUGGAUUUGAAAGAACAUUUGAUGGAAAGCUUAAAUGUCGAUACUGCAAUUAUGCCAGCAAAGGAACAGCACGGCUUAUUGAACAUAUUAGAAUUCACACAGGUGAAAAACCUCAUAGAUGUCACUUAUGUCCAUUUGCAUCAGCUUAUGAGCGUCAUCUGGAAGCCCAUAUGCGUUCCCAUACUGGUGAAAAACCAUACAAAUGUGAAUUAUGUUCCUUCCGCUGCAGUGAUAGAAGUAAUCUUUCCCAUCAUCGUAGACGUAAACAUAAAAUGGUACCAAUUAAAGGUACUAGGUCUUCCUUAAGCAGCAAGAAAAUGUGGGGGGUUUUACAAAAGAAGACUAGCAAUCUAGGGUACAGCAGGAGAGCACUAAUCAAUUUGAGCCCACCUUCCAUGGUGGUUCAGAAACCAGACUACCUGAAUGAUUUUACCCAUGAAAUCCCAAAUAUCCAGACUGAUACCUAUGAAAGCAUGGGAAAAACGACACAGACUAGUGGCCUACCAAGGGACCCACAAGAACUCAUGGUUGACAACCCUUUAAAUCAGCUAUCCACUCUAGCAGGACAGUUAUCUAGCUUGCCACCCGAGAAUCAAAACCCAGCAUCUCCCGAUGUUGUUCCAUGCUCUGAUGAAAAGCCUUUUAUGAUUCAGCAGCCCACCACUCCAGCAGUUAUUUCUGCUGUAUCAACAAGUAUGCCUCAGAGCUCCUCUCCUACAAGUCCCGAACCUCGGCCAUCACACAGUCAAAGGAACUAUAGCCCUGUGGCAGGCCCAAGCAGUGAACGAAGUGCUCACACUAGUACUCCCAGCAUAAGUAACAGCCAGCCCAGCACACCAACUCCAGUCCUGCCAGUUCAGGACCCUCAGCUUCUGCAUCACUGCCAGCACUGUGACAUGUACUUUGCAGACAAUAUUCUUUAUACUAUUCAUAUGGGAUGUCAUGGGUUUGAAAACCCUUUUCAAUGUAAUAUAUGUGGAUGCAAAUGUAAAAACAAGUAUGAUUUUGCCUGCCAUUUUGCAAGAGGGCAACAUAACCAGCACUGAUACAAAACAAUCACAUCAUGCUUUUUUUUUUUUGGGGGGGGGGUCUUGCUUUUCUAAAAUUUCAUGCUUUUAUAAAACAUCCUUAAUAGGUGUCUACUAAUUUAAGAGAUCAUAUUUUUUUGUUUCUAAGAUGCAAAUUUGACAAUGGAGACAAAUUUGUCUCUUUUGGGCAAGACCAUUUAUGAGUUAGUGAUAAAAAUAGAUAGGAUUUAAUUCAGUUUGAAUUCCCUCCCUCACCCCCAACCGGCUUCAUUCAGUAGAUAAGAAUCGGAGUGUACUUCUAUCUCAUGAGCCUUCAUUUAAAUUUCAUUCAUUUAAGACCCAUAAACGCUUCAUAAUGCUCAUCCAAGUUCUUCAUAUUUCUCUUCACAUAUUAUUUCAGCUUUAGAAGUGGCAUGGUACCUUGAAACUUCUACCAUGCUCUAAAAUGGUGAUUUUUAAAAUUUUACUAAACCAAACCACUUAAAAUGUUUAACAGAAGGGAUGUUUUAAAAUAACACUUAAUUGAUAACUUCAUGCCCAUGUACUGAGUUCAAGCAAUCUGUUAAACUAAUAAGGGGUUCCACUGGUUUUAGCUUAGGAAAUUGCCUUUUUGCCAAGGAAAAAAAUUAAGAGCAGUUUCUGAUGUUAAAAAAGUAUAAUUGUUAUUUUAAAAAUUCACAUGCCAAAUUUUUCUUGAAAAAAGAACCCCAGCAUCUAAAAUUAUUUUGAAAAAUAUGUUCACUUUUGUGAUAUAAAUAACAUUUCAUCUUUGUAUCUUUUUUACUGUUUUGGCAUUAGUGAAAAGGUGGUGUCCAUUUUCCAUUGCAUUCACACUACUGCACUUUCAGUCUACAGGAAAAAAAAAUUGAACUAAUAAGCAAAAUAAAAAUGUAUUUGUUGGAGAGUACCUGUUAUUUCACAGAAGAAAUGUCUUUUUCUUUUAACAUUGUGCUUUUUAAUUUGAAAUUUGUUCUGGUGUUAUAGGCAUCAGAUAACCAGAUAACUAAUAGGAGUUACAAUUUCCUCCUAAUAAUUUGAUUACCAAAGACGAACAUCAGAAUGUCAUCUUUUACAAUUACUUUUUUGGUCCUGGAAAAUAUCCUUCAAAAGGUUUUGGGGUUUUCUGCACUUCCUUCUGUCCCUUAUAUGACAAUCUUUUCUGAGAAAUCUACAGAAUCCUGGAUGUGUGUGAAAAAAUUUAGAUUUGAAAAAGUAAUCUAACAUGUGUCAGAGUAAGCCUAUUCAAAACCAGCCUUAAACUUUUGUGUAAAUUAUAGGUUAGUACCAGUGUUUUUUUUUUUAUUCAAUCUGUCAUGUUCAUUUGCAGUUAUGCCAAACAGUUAAAAAAUAUGAUUGUGUUCAGAUAAACAACUAUGAAGGGCACUUAUGUCAGUUCAAUAAAGGAUGGAAGAGUAACAAUGGGGAUAAAAUUUCCUAAAUUGACAUUUGAUAUUUUAGGGAUUAUAAGAAAUACUAGGUAAAAGUAAAGUGAAUUCACUUUGAAAAGGUUACUCUUUUUCCAAACAUAUGUAAUAAUAAAAUAAUUAGGUUGGUUAAACAAUAAAAUAUAUUCUUUUUGAUUUUAGGAUUCUGCGUUAUUUAUUGAUAAUUUCAAAAUAUAAAUUUAAAAAAUAGAGUUUGGAUCAUAAAAUAAUACUAGAGUCUUGCUUAGAAAAUCUUAAAUUUUACAGUACACUUAUUAGCCAAAAAACACUUCUGGACCAAAAUGGAAAACAUUGAUGACAUUAGCUAACAAUAAAGCUCCCUGACUGUAAGGCUAAAGGCCUCUCCAAUUCCCACUGAGCCGCUAAUGCUAGAAAGCCAUUAAAAUGUGCUUUUGUGUUUAGCAUAAAUUAUAAAUUAGUCUUAAUCAAAAUAUUUCAGCAUAUUGAAUUACUUUCCCCCAAACAAUUAUCUCUUCCUCAUAAAAAAAGGUAUUAGCCUUAGAAACAAACAUUCUAUUUUUCAGUAUUAUUUGAAUUAUUUAUUCUGAAAAUCAUUCUUACUGCAGGAACCUAAAUGUAAGAAUUGGCUCUGGUAUCUUAUUUUAAUGUGAAUAGGGGAAAAAACAAUUAUUUGAAACAUUUUGAAUUUUUUGAAAAUUGCUUAUGGAAUCCAGUAUACUCACUGUGUUCUGUGCCAAACAAUGACCUGAAUGUUUUUCUGACAACUAAAAGUAGAUUUUUAACAUGCAUUUAAAAAUUAAAUAUAUAAAAGGUAGUUUUCCAGUUUUAUACUAGUAUAUAUACAAAUACUAAUAUUUGCCAUAUAUAACCUAAAAUAAAGAGCACAAUUGGUAUCCCAAAGUUGUUUAAAAGCUAAAUUUAAUUCUAAAUGUGUUGAAAUGCACUAAAUCAUUAAAGGUCAAUCUACUAAUUGACUUUUGUAUUAGUUUAAAAAAUUUAGGAACUUAUUUAAAUACUGUAUUUGGGAAAAUGUUAAUUUCUAUACUUAAGUAUUAAACACACAUUUUUCCCCACUUUAUUUUUAGUCAAACAUUUUAUAAACAAAAAUUUAACAUGCACUAUUUAUAGUACUUUAUUGUUAACAGGCAUUUUAAUAUUCUGAGACUAAAUUUAUUUUUGUUUAGUGAACAUAACAGUUCAGAUUUUAAAAGUUGGUAGAUAACUUAUCUCCACUAAUAUUUUUUUAAGAAACUGUGAAGAUUAACAGGGAAUAAUUUUAUUUCAGAUUUUACAAAUGCAGUGUGUAAAUAUAGCUUCUUGAAAUUAAAGUAAAAAGUAGGAUUUUCUGUUAGAUCAUCCCAUAGGACAUUUUCACGGCUGUUUAAAUACAGAAAUAGAUGUGUUGCCAUAAAGGCACAGGAUUUAUAAUGACAAAGGGAAUGUUAAAUUACCAAGGAAUUUUCAUAGUCAGGCCUCAUGACAAAUUCAGGCUCUGAGAAAAUAUGUAUCAAACUGAUGUCUUAUUACAGAAAAACAUAUUCCCAGCUAAAUACUUUUUUUCACUAAGCAGUCUUAGAGCCUACAUGCGUCAUGUUCACGUUUGUUAAUAUGUAUUUCAAUGUAAAGAGCUUAUUUUGUAUUCAAAAGAUGAAUCUUGAGUUAUGGAUAUAAAAUACAUCAUAUUGUAUGGUGAGUACAGAAAAGUUUAAUGCCAAAUAACUCAACUUUAGUGCAGUUCAUGUUGUGAAGCUUUGCUUUUGUAAAAUAUGAAUAAAAUAGAGCUUUUUAAUGACUAAUAAUCUUUUUAAAAAAUCUACAACCCAAUUUAUUAACUGAGCAUGAAUAUACAGUGAAUCAGUAAAAGCAGCUUUUAUUAAGCAACAAUGUAGCAAAUAUAGUGUUCUGACAUCUGCAAAGCACUUUAAUACAUUGUUUCAGUUAAAACCCACUAAAUCUCAUGAGAAGAGGUAUUCGUUUUUUGCAACUGAAGAACCUGAAUCUCAAGAGAUGUUAAAUGAUUGUUUAUGGUCACACAGUGUCAAAGGUAGAAUUCAAUCAAUUAAUAAACAUUUAUUAAGUGCCUCCUAUGUGCCAGACACUGUGCCAAGCCCUGGGGAUACCAAGAAAAAGGUUCCUCAAGGAGCUCACAGUCAAUUUAGAUUCAAGUUCUUCAUAAUUUUGCAUCUAUAAUUUUUUCCACUAUCCCAUACUGCCUCAAAGUGACCUAAGCUAUCUAUAACUAAAUAGAUUGCUCUACCUGUUCUCUCCCCAAUACUAACUUGAUGCUAACAGAAUCCAGAAUCCAUUGCCAUCUAGUUCUCUUACACAACAAAUCUUCCUUUUGUUUGUUGUUGUCCAUCGUUAAUUCUACUGGGCAACUUGGUGGCCAAUAAACAUCAGAGACAGUCAUUCCCAAUAAUUUCCUAGGUUGCAUCUUAUUUAUAUAUCUUAAUUUUAUUUUGUAUAAAGCUCUCUCUGCAGCUUUAUUACUCUGGGCUGUUUGCCCAGACUAGAGUACUGUGGUGUUUAAAAAGCAACCCAAUUCCCUGAACUCUCUGUUGUUUGGCUAAGCUCAAUGAAAAGCUCAUGAUGCAUUUUAAAUACAUUUUUUUCCUUUCUGACAUUCUGAUUGUUUAGGAUUGAGUUCUUUAAAGUACUAAAGACCUCUGUUAAUCUGCCUGGCUACCAUGGUCAUUUUAAAUUGUUGAUCUUUAACUAGUUUGUGAAUGCUUGAAAAAAUUAAAGACAAUUCAUCCACAAUGCAAAUCAAUUUAAUAUUCCUUUGGAAUAUAUUUCUGCACAACAUUAUCUCUCUCAUAAUGAAAUAAAUGAAUGACAUCUGAAAUGCUGUUUUGACAGGAACAUGGAAUUUUUUUACUAUUUCCGUGUCGUAGGUCUUCCAGAAAGUCUGCCUUAAGCUUGGUAAGUUCUUCUGCUAGAAGCUUCAGCUUGUAGGCAAUCACUUUUUCAUCUAAAAAAAAUAUAUAAUCUUAAACAGUUUUUUCCAAAUAUGUAACAUAUGGAGUGACUACAAAUAUGGGCUAUGUAUCACCAGAACAAGACAGUUAUGUUACUUUUUUUUUGGGGGGGGGGAGGAACAGUUAUUUUGAAUAAGGUAAAUAAUGACAAUGUUCACUUGUUAAAUAGUUGUGUGCAGUACAUAGAGAUAGUGACAAAAAUAUUAAAUGUGAUACAAGCAUAUUAAUUGAAAUCAGUCAAAGAAAGUUGCUUAAAUAAUAGUUCAAAAUUUUACUGUUACCCAAUAGGAUCAAAGUUAGAAAGACAAAAUCCUUAUAUUGGUAAGAGUUAAGAGUUCAUAUAGGUGAUUCAUUAUCUUAUUGAUCUAAAACAUAGUAAUAAAUUUCCAACUGAAGAUAAUUCCUGAAAAUCAGACUACCUGAAGGCUAUCAUAAGUCAUCAAUAUAAGUCUCAUUGGCAUUGUUCUAUUGUGGCAUGGGCCCAUAUAUCACCUGGGAAAUUAUUUUGGUACAUAUAUUCCUGUUAUGCCUUUCCCUGGUACAAUUUCAUCUGUACUUUAGGAAUGAGAAAAUGUGAACAUCUAGUAAAAGUGCCCAGAAAUUAAAUAUGUGUUGAUUUCACCUUUUCUGUUUCACAUCACUGUAUAUCUCCCUAUAAUCUAGUGCAUUCAAUUCAGCACUUUCAUCUUGCAAACUAAACAAGCAAAAUUGUACUUUGCUUUCUUUAACAUGUUGUUGAAAAAUGUAUGCUAGAUUUGAUGAAAUAUAUCCAUGUCAGGUGAAUUUUACAAACCAUCCCCAUCUUACCUGUUGGGUGGAUCCUGUAUGUAAGAUUUAUGAAAGGCAUAGACAAGAAUCUCAGAGAAUGAAAAGACAUGAUGAUCUGUACUGGUGGAAGCCACCUCGAAAAGAUUAAGGAUUGAAGUACUCCACUGAAUUAAUUUAUAUUAUAAAUUCAUUCUGUUUGACAUAGUGUUUACUUGAGGCCUGCAUUGGUAUUUUGUAAUUCUGUAAUUCAAAGUUCCAAUUGGAAGUUAUAUGAAAACACAGCUAAAUUAUAUUCAAUAAGUAGUUAUUUGGAUUUUGGCAGAUGUUUUUAGAGAUGUUAUCAAAAUGGAAAUGAAAAGUCACAAAAUUUAUAUUAAAAGUAAUUCCUUUUUA